GUCGCACCGCGGUCAUCCAGCCCACUGCCACCACAGCCUCCGCUUGGCCGUCUCCCGCCGCCCACUGUCAGUUGCUCUGAACGUGUCUGUCAUUCCAGUCUGCGAAUAUAUCUCGCGUGGACUGCCUGCGCAACCAUAUCCAGGCUGAGUGUUCCAACAUAUCUCACGCGUUACAUGGCGUCCGCGUUACUGAGGACCAUCUCCGGCAUCGAUGAGCUCGUCUUCAGCACAUGCGAGGCUUUCUUCCGCCACCGUCGAUACAUCGAUACAUCGACUCGACCCACGUGUCGCAAGACUAACCCCCUUGUAGCCAACCAUGACCUUCAACGUCCUCCUUGUCGGCGCGGGAGAAAUCAAUUUUGGAUCAGUCGAAGGGCCGUGGAAUCAUUCGCGUCGUCUCGAGAGCAAACUAGGAAAGUCACUCCGCGUCGUCGGUCUCGUUGACCCCGACCAGAGCCGCGCCGCUGCUGCUCUGGAAGGCAAGCUAGCGUCUGAAGUCGCCCCAGCGUAUGUCUCAUGCAGGGCAUUCUCAACCGUCUCCGAAGCCGCCGCGGCCCUCUCGGAUGACCUGCUUCCUCAGUUGGCUGUUGUUGGGGCUCCGCCCUUUGCGCGCGGGAGCGACCUCUCAGGUAAGGAUCUCGAGCUGCAGCUCACCAGUGCGUUCCCGGGCUGCGCGCUCUUCGUCGAGAAGCCUGUCAGUAGCGGGCCUGUGGAUGGCUGUUGGCGGGUAGCUGCUGAGCUAGACAAGCGGCGAACGCUCGUCGGCGUCGGGUAUAUGCUGCGGUAUUCCAAAGCGGUACAAAUGAUGAAGCAGAUCAUCAAGGAAAACAACCUAGUAGUGAUGGGGACGAAUGCGAGAUACGUGAUGGCUUACGAAUGGGCCCGGAAACUUUCAUGGUGGAACAAAGAUUCGUCGGGCGGCCCCAUCGUCGAGCAAGCCACGCACUUCUGCGAUCUCUCGCGUUACUUCGGCGGCGAUGUCGUCUUACCCUCCGUCUCCGCUCACAUCGUGUCGCACGACGAAGCCCCCGGCGCACUCUCAGCCAAGCGCUUUGACGAGACUGCUAUCCCGCCCGAGAAACGGCUCCCGAGGCUGACGAGCGCGACGUGGAAGUACGCAGGCGGCGCCGUGGGCGCACUCACCCAUGUCAUCGCGUUGCACGGUGCAACGUACGAUACGGAAUUUGAAGUGUACGCGGAUGGAUAUAGACUCAAGCUGAUUGACCCGUACGGAUCGACACCUGUGCUGUCCGUUCGCAGGCCGGGUGUGGCGGGCGAAGAAAUGCACACAUUUCCAGAUGACGACCCUUUCUACUCGGAGCUAUCGACGAUAAUCGAUGCCAUACGCGAGCCGAACAGCGGCGCGCGCUCGAGCAUCCUCAGCUCAUACGAAGAUGCAGUGAAGACGUACGAGUUGACAUGGCAGAUCAGGCGUGCGGGUGAGAAAUAGGAGAAACGCGUCAACGGUGGGCAGGCAGCGUACUUCAAGUGGACCGAAAGAAA